CAAAUGUAAAAAUAUAUGGUAUGAAGCAAAAAGUCGUUCAUAUUUAUUUUUUUAACGCGGGUGAGAGAAUAGCGCGUGUUGGUAGCCGCCACCAGAACACGACCACGUCAAAAAUGCCCCAUACUCUUGAAUUGCAUCUGUGAAAUCCAACAGAGAAAUGACGUAGGUGUCCCAUAGGGUCGGUGUUUGAAACGUCCCCUCCUCACAGGUUCCUCCCAACCAGGCUCCGCUUUGAGCUUCAUUCAUUCAUCGCAUGUCUAACAACUUCCGGGAGAAAGGAUUCGAAAUCGUCAAGCUUGCUACGGAAGCCGAUCAGAAUCAGAAUUACCCUGAGGCCGUCGAGCUCUACCACAGUGCCCUUGAGCACUUUCAACUGGCCCUGAAAUAUGAAAAGAACCCAAGGGCAAAAGAAACUGUGAAGAAGAGGUUCUUUGAAUACUUGCAACGUGCUGAGCUACUGAAGGAGGCUAUCCGAAAGCAAGGUGAAGAAAAGGAGAAGAAACCUAUGCGUGCCAAUGGAGGAGACAGAAGCCCCACCAAAAGUGGUAAAAAGGGAGGCGAUGAGGAUGAGGAUGAUGCCGAUUUGAAGAAACUGCGUGCUGGUUUGACUGGUGCCAUUUUGUCGGAAAAACCAAAUGUGCGCUGGGAAGACGUGGCUGGUUUGGAUGGAGCAAAAGAAGCUCUCAAGGAAGCUGUCAUCUUACCCAUUAAGUUCCCUCAUCUAUUUACUGGAAAACGUGUACCUUGGAGAGGUAUUCUCUUGUACGGACCUCCCGGAACGGGUAAAUCGUACUUGGCAAAGGCUGUCGCCACCGAAGCCGACAGUACUUUCUUUUCUGUAUCCUCUUCUGAUCUGGUAUCGAAAUGGAUGGGCGAGAGUGAAAGACUUGUCAAACAAUUGUUCAAAAUGGCUCGCGAAAACAAACCAGCCAUUAUUUUCAUUGACGAAGUUGAUUCACUCUGUGGUACACGAGGAGAAGGCGAGUCAGAAGCGUCACGAAGAAUCAAGACUGAAUUCCUUGUGCAAAUGAAUGGCGUUGGAAAUGAAACCGACGGUGUUCUAGUCCUAGGUGCAUCCAACAUACCCUGGCAGCUUGAUAGCGCUAUAAGACGAAGAUUCGAGAAACGUAUAUAUAUCCCAUUACCUGAAGCACACGCACGCUCCAAAAUGUUUGAGUUAAACGUUGGUACUACGCCAUGUACCUUAACGGCAAAUGACUACAAGUAUCUUGGUGACCGAACAGAUGGUUAUUCUGGUUCCGAUAUUGCUGUCGUUGUCCGUGAUGCAUUGAUGCAACCUGUUCGUAAGGUGCAAACCGCUACACAUUUCAAGCGCCUUCUUGCUCCCUCAAGAGCCGAUCCCAACGAGAAUACUCCUCAUUGGACCCCAUGCUCGCCAGGUGACCCUGACGCAGUAGAGAUGUCUUGGAUGGAUAUCAAGGCGGAUGAACUGCUUGAACCUGAUCUGGUGUUGCAAGAUUUCAUUCGAGCUGUCCAAACUGCUCGACCGACUGUCAAUGAACAAGACAUUGAACAGCAUACCAAGUUUACGAACGACUUUGGUCAAGAAGGUUAAAUAGGGUUUAUUCAAAUUAAUGAAGUACACAGAACUGCAUGAAUGUGUGUUAUACAGUAGAUUCGCUCGUGGAGAUAACGACUCUUUUCUUUUUCUUCCCACUCUUUUAUCUUGUUCUCCCUCA